GUACUGUUGACAAAAUCCUUGCAGUGACGACCUGAUAGUAAAUACUUAUCUUGAGGAGGGUUUAAUGUUAUGAGGAUGUAAUUUCGGUCGGAGAAUGCCUGGUCAAAUCUUGUUAGACUGCAGUGGCAGUACGGGCUCCUGGAUAUCGUAAAACUUUUACGACCGCCGCAGCGUACGCCUCCACAGUACGGACAGAUGCAGUUGAUAUCCGUGCGGAGGCUGUACUUGUACAUUGUCUGUUAUCCAUUCCGUAUAUAGUCAGGGACUCGGGGUCAGUCAGAACUUAUUGCACGUAUCAACCUCCGUAUCACUGUAUUAGCAUCCGCGCCAUCCCGGCCCACUGGCUCUGUGGCUCCGUCCUUUGACGGAUCUCUGAAAUACGAAAUACAGGAUUCACCUCGCGACGGGUGCCGAAAUUGGGCAUUAGAACAUUGUGACAUCCCAUAUCUGCUCUCCGCGCGUUCGUGCUGACGGUUUAGCCGGACAAAAUCAUCAAUACGUGGACGGGAUCGCCAUGUUCUCCAUGCAGCAACUGUUGGCGGCCAUUUUCCUUAUCGCAGUAGGCCAGAGUCGUACUGUACAGUGCAUACAGUGUAUGGUGGGUGUCCAGGAGUGCCAUUGCGACUGGCCCUGCGGCGGCAGUAUGCCCAAGUCCCGCGUCCACGAAAUGUGGAAUAUGCACGAGAAUCACACCUGCCUGCUCGCCCGGCCGCUCCCUCCGGAUGCCGCGGUGCAGACGUGCCCGGGUGCGGACAAUGUCUGCUUGUACUGGAUCGAGGUCUUCCUGGCGCCCUACCUCAACGACAGCGUGGUGGGACGAGCCCGGAUCGGCAACUGCUACCGUCCGGGUACCGGCUCGCCGGCCAACCAGUCCACCUACUACCAAGCGCUGCCGCAGACCGACGCCUCCCGCCGCAUCGAGACCUACAGCAUUAACGCCGGUCCGCUGGGCUUCGCCGAGCAGGAUUUCGUCUGCAGUGACGUGGGCUAUGACCGACGCAAGAGCGGCGUGGACGAGUACAGCAUGUACUGCUUGUGCCGGCGCAGUGUCUGCAACCUGAACCUGAUCAGCGUGGGCGUGGCUCCGCCGGCACCCGGGAAGGAUGUGGACGCCGUCAUCGUGGACCUGUACGAUAAUCCCAACACCACGGCACCGAAGUUGACGUCCGAACUGGCGGCCAACCGGACGGCCGCCAAUAUCACGGACACGUUUUACGCUUGUGGCGACACUCCGGACAGCGAGGACUGCAAUCCGGGCGAGUCGCCGGGGACGCGCUCCAUGGCGACGCCGUUUCGAGCGGCUAAGUUACUAUACUGCUGCGGUUUGUGGCCCUUAUGCGGGCUCAUAUUCCGUGUACAGUCUGUACUUCCGUUGGCAAACAGACGGAAUUUGCCGGUGUUUUUUCCUAAUUAAUAUUAAUUAAUAAUCAGUGGAAUAUACAAUAAUCAAUAAAUUUUACCAUAGUAUGUUAUACCCAAUCCGAUUUCCUGUGACAAUCUCUCCAUUGUGCAGGAGUAUUUCGGAUUUCUCAAUAGUUAUUUUUAUUAACAAGCCACUUGG